AUGUUCGUCAAACAUGCAUGGUUGACGUUCUACUACGGCCUGGCACAGACUCGUGCCCAGAGAUAUUUUAUCCACUUGAUGCAGUUUUCUGCCUUUACCUUUGGCCUCAGUUCUGUGUUCGUCAUAUUGCUGCAAUGCAUCCCACUGAGCUACGCCUGGCGUCAAUACCAAGAUCCGACUGGCGAGCUCGAGAAGGGGAAGUGCAUCAACUUGUUAUCCUACUUCUAUUUCAAUGCCAGCUUCAUGAUUGCCAAUGAUGUGGUCAUGUACCUGAUACCGAUGGUAUUGCUGUGGAAGGUCGAAACACUUCGUGAACACCGGUGGAGCCUAUAUGCGUUGUUCGCUGUCUGUUUCGUUGUCAUCUUGGCUAGCAUCUUUCGACUCGUCGCCGUCUACGAAAUUGAUACUUCGCCCAACAGGGUCUCAGAAAACUACGCUCUGGUCUUCAUCUGGGCGGGCGUUGAAAACCACAUCGGCAUCUGCGCCGCCUGUGCGGGUGCACUCAAGGCGCGAGUGUGCAUGACUUAUCGAAGAGUCAAGAUGCUUUCCGUCGACCUGCGCAACAAGUCGUGGCUUGCAUCCGUAUCGGCACCUGGUUCCGCAUCGACAUCGACGGGCUCACGAACAGACACUGCUACUCGAAGCCAGAUCACAGAGGAGCGAACCCUCUACGAGCGGACAAGCAGUCUACCGUCGUUGCACUUGGCUGGACCCAUCUCGUUCGACAAAGGGCCCACAGGCACAGUCACGGAGCUGGUCGACAUCCGACAGCCCAAGUCGGCGUAUUCUUCGGCCUCACAUUCGCGAGCAACGUCUGAGGACAGUCAAACUUCAACACUCCAACAAAAGUAA